AUGAGCAGCAGUGGUGUCUAUACGUGUAACUCAUGUGUUUUAACUUUUGGUGCAAGCGAGGAGCAGCGGGCCCACAUGAAGUCGGACUGGCAUCGUUACAAUUUGAAAAGACGUGUUGCUCAAUUGCCCCCAAUAUCAUUCGAGACAUUUGAUUCAAAGGUAUCAGCUGCUGCCGCCAGCAAUAGCGAGGCGGUUGGUAAAGAGAAACCCAUGACCAAGAAAGAGUUAAAGAGAAGGGAGAAGCAAGCAUUGCUCGAAAAGAAGAAGAAGUUAUUGGAAAUCGCCAGGGCUAAUAUGCUAGAGAACAUACAAAAGAGCCAAGAAGGAGAGACUCCUAACAUGAGCAAGCUGUCUUUAGAGGAAAAGGAGGAGAGCAAGGAAAACGAGGAGCCAAGGAAGGAGGAGCUUGAAGAAGUGAACGAGGAAGAGAUGGCAGAAAGAGUGAUGCAGGAAAAAUUACGCAACAGAGUGGAUAUUCCCUUAGAACAAUGCUUAUUUUGUGAGCACAAUAAGCACUUUGAUGGUAUAGAAGAGAACUUAGAACACAUGUUUAGGACCCAUGGGUUUUAUAUCCCAGAACAAAAAUAUCUAGUCGACAAAACCGGGUUGGUAAAGUAUAUGUCAGAGAAAAUUGGUCUUGGUAACAUUUGUAUUGUUUGUAAUUUCCAAGGUAGAACGUUAACUGCUGUGAGGCAACACAUGCUGGCAAAGAGACAUUGCAAGAUUCCAUAUGAAAGCGAAGACGAGAGGUUAGAAAUAUCUGAAUUUUACGAUUUCACAAGUUCCUACGCAAGCUUCGAGAACAACACAGUAGCAGAAAACGAAGAUGACUGGGAAGAUGUGGACAGCGAUGAAGCUAGGAGCGACGAUGAAGAUUUGCCACAAGAAUACUUAUAUAACGACGGUAUAGAACUACAUCUACCGACAGGUAUCAAAGUUGGUCACAGGUCCUUGCAAAGAUACUACAAGCAGGACUUGAAGCCUGAAGUGAUACUAACCGAAGGACAAGGUACUCUGGUCGCUGCAGAGACAAGGUCGUUCUUACCUGCGUUCGACAGAAAGGGCGUACAGGCACAAAAACGUGUUUGGCAAACUGAAAGGUUUGAUAAGAAGAGGCUCGAUAAAAGAAGCGCCAAGUUCGUCAAUAACCAACCACAUUACAGAGACCAACUCCUGCAGUGA